GGCAGUUCCGGCGGAAGGCGGCGGCGGGGCCGGGCCCGGCGUGGGGAUCUUCCCGCAGCGAUGGUGCAGGAGCCGGGCCCGAGGCUGGUGGCCGAGCUGCUGCUGCGGGCGGGGGCGGCCGACGCCAUCCUGUGCCUCUGCUCCCGCGCCUUCGUCGAAGAUCGAAAAUUAUAUAAACUGGGAUUAAAAGGAUUUUAUGUCAAAGAUGACAAUGACAGUACAGGGGAAGAACAAGCAUCUGAGGAGGAGAACCAUUGUCCCAAUGUGAGAUUAAAGGUGGAUACUAAUCAUGCCCUGGACCUGGAAGAAGUUGAAUUAGACUCAGAAGCUGAGCUUAUGAAGAGCAUGGGAUUGCCUCUUCAGUUUGGUGGGCAGUCAGCCCACAGGGACUUUGUGGUAACAGAAAAUUAUAGAAAGAAAAAUAACAUGAAGAUUAUGAAAAAGAAAAAGAAGAAGAAGAAAGAGUUACAGCAAAAACACGAGGAUAAAACGGGGCAGGAAUGCCAGGACGAAGCUUGUGGUGGUUGCAUCCAGUCCGUUUCUGGUGAGCUGGCCCUAGCUACAGAGCAAUGUGAGAUGAGCAGCAAACCUCAGGCUGUAAUUGAAGAGAACUGUGAAAGUUCAGAAAGCCUUGCAAGUGAGGCUUUACCCAGUGAACUUAAGGAAAAAUGGGAGAAGUACUGGAACGAAUACGGAGAGGGCCUUCUUUGGCAAAGUUGGUUGGAAAAGCAUCAAGAGGUGUCGUCAUCUGAGGGCAUCACAGCCUCUGAGCCUUGGAGUAGUCCAGAUACUAAGGAAGAAUGGGAGCAGCAUUAUAGUGAACUGUACUGGUAUUAUUGGGAACAGUUUCAGUACUGGACAAGUCAAGGAUGGACUACUGAGAGCUCACAUGGUGACAAGGUGGAAAUUAAUGGAAUUACACAGGAGACUGGUUUUUCAGGAGAAAUGGGCUUGGUUAGCCCAGGACCUGAGCACAGUGAAGUGCUGAGCUUGGAGCUGUCUCCCUCCAACACCAGAAGUGAGGAAAGACUCCCUUCAAGUGCUGAGCCCCACAGUGAAAUAAUCGCUGGGAUUUGUGAUUUAAAUCUGAAUUUGGAGGAAGUGGAGCAGAGCAGUGCUGCUGUAACAGUAGCCCACAAAGAUCCUGAAGAGCAAAGUUCAUCUGACAGUGGAAGCCAGAAGGAGCCGUGUGAUGGAGGAAGCAGAAAAAGGAGACCAUCUUGUGAAAAUAAAAGUGUCAACCAGUCAGGUGUGCAGGAGUCAUGUAGCUUGAAUUCAAGUGAAAAAAAGCAGUUGCUGCUUCAUGACCAAGAUGAAGAUGAGGAUGAAGAGCCUCCUGAAUACAGAUGUGUCAAAGUCAAGAGAAGCCAUGAGCUGGACAUGGAUGAGAAUCCAGUGGAAGAUCCCGAGGAAACCUGCUCUGUGUUGGGUUUCAAGUGUGGCACAGGACAAAAGUACGGUGGAAUUCCAGAUUUCACCCACCGAAGUGUGCAGUACUUGGAGAAAAAAGCAAAACUCAAGUCCAAAUUCUUGGAUAUGCGUAAACCAAGGAAGAGCAAAAACACACACAUCUUCUUUACAGAGGAAUCUGAAAUGACAUGCAAAAGAAGCAAAACUUUGAAGAAGGUGGAAAUGUUCCUGAAGCAGGUUAGUAAACCUGAGGAGGAAGACACGUCCCAGACAGGCACCCCUCAGGGUAAAGCAGAGGCAUCAUCUGGGAGCAGCAGUGACUCAGAGGGUCAGGAGGGCGUUGCUGCCACACUGAGUGUGAGGCCGGAUGCUGAAAUCCAGGAGCCACCAUCUCCCAGGGCAGCCUGCAUGGAACCUGGAGGGAGUAAGCUUGAGGAGGAGGCGCAGGACGCUGCUGCGAGGGGCUCCGAUGAGCAGGGGGCAGGGAGGCCCGAGCGUGGCGGUGGGCGGCAGCUUGUCCCUCUGGAUAUUCCUGAUUAUCUCCAGCCAGAGACGGAGGACAUCAGCCAAGCUGUAGAUGAAGAAAUUACUGCAAAGAAGAAGGAGACAAAAAGAAGGAGGAGGAAUAAAAAUGCACUGAGAACUAUACCUCCUGAGAUUGCUGCUGAUCCAGAGCUCAUCAAGUACUGGGCACAACGCUACCGGCUCUUCUCUCGGUUUGAUGAGGGAAUUCAACUAGACAGAGAGGGAUGGUUUUCUGUUACUCCUGAGAAAAUAGCUGAGCAUAUUGCCAUCCGUGUCAGUGAGUCGUUCAACUGCGACAUCAUAGUGGAUGCGUUCUGCGGGGUUGGAGGAAAUGCUAUUCAAUUUGCAUUGACCUCAAAAAGAGUGAUCGCCAUCGACAUCGAUCCCGAGAAGCUGCGGCUGGCGCGGCACAACGCCGAGGUGUACGGCGUGGCCGAGCACAUCGACUUCCUGUGCGGCGACUUCAUGGCGCUGGCGGCCGGCCUGCGCGCCGACGUGGUGUUCCUCAGCCCGCCCUGGGGGGGGCCUGACUACGCCACUGCCGAAAUCUUCGACAUCCAAACCAUGAUCUGCCCUGAUGGAUUUGAAAUUUUCAGGCUCUCCAAGAAGAUUACCAACAAUAUUGUGUAUUUUCUGCCUCGGAAUGCUGAUAUUAACCAGGUGGCUUCCUUAGCAGGGCCAGGAGGGAAAGUUGAAGUAGAACAAAAUUUUCUCAAUAACAAACUGAAGACAAUAACAGCUUAUUUUGGUGAUCUAAUAAGGCAUGACAUCUCCUGAACUCCAUGUGGAUUCUUCCAAACCCAUCCUCCCUAACUGCUGCCUUGCUUAAGCUUUUGUACAGCUGGCUGGUCAAAAAUGACUUCAAGCCAUUUUCCACUUUAAUUUCGGUUUACAGAAGUUUUUUUCUGUUUGCACUGUCAAUAAAUGUUUUAUAAUAAUUUUGACAAAACCGUGAAUGUAGAAAAGCUGUGAAUGUAUGAAGAAAGCUCUUUAUAAAAUGCAGUUUUUUCAAGGUUCAAGCCCAAGCCAUGGAAGUGGGGUUCAGGAUUUCUUUGUAACUCUCACAUGUGCUACGUCUGUCCUUGCUCUGGUUUUGAGCACCCAGAGGGUCAAGAAAAAUCGCUGAAAGCCACAGGAGCUGCUGUCUAUGCUUGAGAAAAAAAAGCAUCUGAACAUCAGGUGGAACUAGAGGGUCAGGUGCACCACAAGAGGUUAACCCCAGUCCACCUCUCUUGCUCCCUGCUCUCUGAUAAACCUUUUCAGGUUUUCUUUGCAGGAUGAAGGUUCACAUGUUACUUCUAGUGAGUGCUCUGACUUGUGGCAGCUCAAAGAGAGAGCUGGGUGUGUUUGUGUCUGGAGGUGGGACUCUACCCUCUGGGUAUUGUCAUUUUAUUUUAUUUUUUAAUCUCUCUGCCAUUCCUCUUCAUUGCAAAGGUAUUUUGAAGAAACCUUUUGCCCAGAGGUUUGUGUCAGUAAGCAGAGGGGUUUCUGUCCCCCUUCUUUUCUAGGCCUUUGGAAUCCUCACACAGGCUUCAGGGCAGAAAUAAGCCAUCUUUUCCUGGUGAGGGCUCUCUGCUCUCACUUAGAGUUUGGAGGGGAAGAGUGGCCUUUGUGCAGUUCUCCAAGUAGAAGAGGAGGCAAGUGAGAAAUGCCUAGGGCAUGGCUAUGGUGCUCUCGCUGAAAUAUUCUUACAUUAAGUCCCCUAGCACAAUUUUGAGUUGUUUUUGAGUUAAGAGUGUAGGAAUAAUAAUUUCUAAGAUAAAUUAAUGCUGCUUCUCCUCUGCUUUGAGUGCAGCAGGAUGCUGAAGGCAGCAGAAACUAAGCACUAAACCACACAUUAGUGCUAUCCAAGAAAACUAGAAUAACUAUAGAAUAACCAAAUAAGAGGAUCUAUUUUCCCCAUUAAGGAAUGAAAUCCAACUCUUCAAUGAAAACAGUUGAAGAGACCAAAGUGUUUGUGUGUUUAGGGAUUGUUAUGACUCAGUGUGAGUUUGCAGUGCAGUAAAAUAGCCCUUGGGAAAUAACUGUUUUCUAGCUUUGCUGUCUUUCCCCAGACAAGUGCUAAACUUCUGCUGUUACAUUCAUGCUUCGUGGAAGGUAUUUUAUGAAGAUACUUUGGCUAAUUUGGAUCACUGCACUUUGCCACAGUGCUACAGCAAGGAAGAAGUCUUGUGCUGGCUAUGCAUCACUGUUUAAAGGGAAUUAUUAAGGAAAUAAUAUUUCUUAGAAGUUUCCUAUUAGGUCGUAGGGGAAUUUGGCAAGAGUGCUAAUACUACAGGAGCUCUAAACCUACUGUGGCAGUGGCAUGUGAAUGCAAGUCCAUGAGGCUGAAUGAAGAAUAGAUUCAUUUAAAUUGUGUAUGUCACAGUACCCUGUACACUGAAAUUUUACUAUAUUUGGCUUAUUGCUACUUGUAGAAAUACCCUUGUCUUAUUACUUGGUCCUCUUUUUCUCCUUAAGGAGAUGCUUGAGAAACAUUUUGAGAUCUUGCUGAUGCUACUUCUGUAAAAGGAGGCUCUGAUGGUGAAAUGCCUGUGAAUUUACUUUUGCCUUCUGGAAAGUAGUUAGAUUUUGUUCAGUGCCCGUGUGGAAGCUAAAAUACAAAAGGUACAACAUUUACUCAUUUGAAUUUUUACUUCCAGUAUCAUGAACUUAAUGGUAAGAAGGAACAAUUUCUCAAAGGUCUCUGCGGACCUUUGCAAGCCCAUGGAAUAUCAAAAGCAGAAGAAUAUCUUUGUUCAUAGCUGUUCCUCUCUCUAACCAAGAAGGACAAAAGGGGAUUUUUUGGUUUUUGGUUUUUUUUUUAAUUACAACUUGAAGUCAGAAUGCACUCUUCUGGGCUGUGAUAAAUGUUUGCCCUCACUUCCCACUUGCACAGAACUGGUGAAGUUCCCCCAGGCUUUGAAUCUACCCAUCUAAAUUUAAGCCUAAAAUACAUUUGUGAGUACUUUUAGGUUUUUGUUUAUAAUAUCAACCAAAAAACCCUUCAUGGAGGAGAGCUUCAGUCAUGACUUGCUAUAAAAUGUUAUUUUGCUGUUUAUUGGGGAAAAAAGUUAACAUGGGCUGAGACACUGUUUUAAUACCCUUUCUGAAUUUAGCUAGUAUUUUGUAAAUGAUACAUUGGGCAGCAAAGAAGUUACAUUGCUACUGUAAGUACUCAUAGAAGUUUGAUCUUUUACCCAUUCUAAGACACAAAAUAAGCUACAGGAAAAUGCAGAUUUUUUUUUUCCAAGGGCUAAAUGCAGUAAAUGUGUACUGAGUUCUACUUUCCAGUACACUCUUGAGCCCUUAAUCUCUUUAGGUUUAUCUUAAUUAAAUCCAACAUUAAAUCAAGCCCAUUCAUUUCUUUUUCUGGUGCAUGGCAUGACGAGAAGUGAUAGAAGAUGAAGUUAGGUGCAUUGCAAGCCUGAACUUAAUUGCAGGUUCAGGGGACCAGAGCAGAGCAUCAGCAGGGCUGAGCAGCUAUCUCUUCAUGGCAGGACAUCACUCUGCCCUUCUCUGAAUGAGGCCCCCUUAGAGUUAAGAGAAAAAAAUUAACUGUUCCAUGAGGUUUUCAUGUACAGGUUUUAGAAAACCUUCUCCAAGUGUACUGUUUCUGAAACAACAUCUGGGUCUAUAUGUGCAACUGAGAGGUUAUAUAAGCAAAUUAUUGUUACACCACAGUGACCAUAGUAACAUUUAGCAGAGGGAAACCCCGUAAAUAGCAGAAGGAAAAAAUUACUUGCAAUAACUCAUUGAACAAAUCAGUAGAAAAUUGGGUUAUUUUCACUUGGUUUGCUCUCUGAGCUUUCAUAUGCCUCAUAGUCAUGUUUGCUUUAAUUGUCCUCCCCUCGUACACAAACCUUCCCAUCUCCAAAUACCAAGAAAGAGGGGCAAUCCUGUCACUUAAUGAUUUACUCUUGCUGGUGUAGCCUUUCCAACACAGGCAUCUUCGUAUUCCUGCCACUUGAAUAUCUUUGUGAGGUCCAGAAUACCUAUAAAAAGUUGAUUUUCAGUGGUGAAGGAGUUUCAGAUUUCUUUAUGAAGACAGUAGAGAUAUCUUUGUAAGUGUGUGUUGCAGUGGCAGAGGAGUAAAUGCUGUAAAACCAAGCUUGAAAUCAAUUCAGACCCUGUCUUGUUUCAGCUGUCAGAUGAUGAAGCUGUCAAGUGGCUCAGCCUGGUCCCUCUGGAUGGAGUAUUAGGAAUAUGCACACUCCAGCAAAGUACGUGUAAGAGCAAUGCUGUGUUGAUUCAGUUGAAUGAAAUCCCCCAAACACCAAAAUUAAUUCAUACCAAAAAACCCCCAUCCAAAACUGUAAAAAAUGCUAAAACAACCUUAUUACUUGGGAGGUUGCAGGGGGCUGCAGGAGCCAUCAGUAGCUAAAAAGGAAGCAAUAGGGCUGGCCAAAGCCAGCUGAAGUCACUGAACCUAGUGAGGCUGGACAUUCACCCAGGCUCUGAAGAUCUGAGCUGCACACACGCAGGGAGGAGGCAGGAGUGAAGGCUCUCUGCAAACACGACCUGUCCCUCACAGGGUUUGGUUUCUGCCUCUACUCAGCAUGGUCCUGUGGUGUCUCUUAGCAAUGCUUUAGGUUUUGACGGUGCCUGUGGAUUGCUGAGAGCAGGGCUACUGCCCAGGGCGGAGGUGUGGGGAACAGCAGCCUGGGCAGCCCUGGCAGUACUGGGCUCUGCUCAAGGGUUUCCUCACCCAGGGGAAUUCCCAGCUGAGCUGUGCACACAACUCUGCAAAACACUCCCUGCAACACCCCUGCAGCCCGAGAGGUUAGCCCUGGAUUUCUCCACAUAGAGACCCAAGGAUGGGUGUCUUUUUAGCAUGUGUCGCAACAGAGUAUCAGGGCAGGGAGUGUGGUUUUGCUGCCAGCCCCUUGUGGACCCUUCUUCAAGUCUCACGCAAAUGUAUUUUCUGAGUUCUUGCUUCCCACACAUCUCUGAGGUCUUGGCCUGCCGCCUUGCAAAGUUCCAAAACCUGAGCAAGUUUCAAGAUGCUUCCCCAGCAGCUUUACUAAAAACCCGAAACAUUGCUCUGGGUUUCUGGGUUCUCAGACUGCUGAGGAAAAAAAUAUGCUGUUGGAGGCAGUCUGGGUUUGAUGACAGCACAAUUCUUCCUGUCUCUCUGGGUGCCUUUGCUCAUUCUCUUCCUUUUUUUCAAGAAUGUGCUUCAACCUUCUUGUGAAACCCCUGUGGUUUAUUAGAGGAGUGCAGUGUGAACAGCAGAGCUUUAGCCCUGUGUAAAUAUGAGUACAGGGGCUCACAGAGCACCGUCAGUGUUUUGGAACUAAUGAAAUGCCUUUCCCCAGGAUUUUAUUCUAAAAUCUGGCCAAAGAAUGGACAUCAGAGAGGAAAUGACUCUGCAUAGUCAUCACAGGUUGCUGCCGGUUGAACAAACACUUUUAUCCCAUCAGUGCACUUCUUCUACCUAGACCUCUGGGGGGGUCUUUGACAUUGUUGCAGUGUCGGAUACAGUUAUGGUAACAGUGGCAAGAGCUUUGGUGAAAGGCAGUAUUGUGGUCUGACAGCAAAACCUGUCCUAAGGUAUUCAUUAAAUUGUUCCAGGCACUGGGACAGCCUAUGAUUAUGUCAAACAGGGGAGCAAAUUGUACGCUCUGCUUUCACGGCAUGCACAAACUUAAUCUGAAAGUCUGCCUGGGAAGGUUAAACACAGACAGCUUUGUUUAGGAGAGCUCCAAACUGGCAGAGCCCACUACCCCAGAGGGUCACCUGUGGGGGACUGCCUGUGCCAAAUGUCUGUGCUGGUGGGGGAAUGCUUUCUGUGGGUGCAGGUUGCAGCUGAGCUUGUCCAAGGGGUUCCCUCAGAUGUCAGAACAUUUGGAUGUUCCCAGGAGAUGCAGUGCUAUCUGUAGCUCAGGCUCUCAUCUGUACUUCUGGAAAGUGGUCCCCAAAGGAGAAGCUGGAGUUCCCCAGGAAGCAGCUGCGUGGGGAACUCUGGGCUCCUCCUGCAGGAGAAACCAUGCUUCAGGAAGUGUUUAGUGUGGGGUUUUGACACGGAAAGUGCCGGUUGUCACAGCAACACUGAGCCUUGUGGGACUUCUAGACCUUACGCAGAAAUUACCCACCAGGGUAUUCCUUAACCCUGCCAGGAAGAGGUGCUGGUAGAGUCAGGAUUGAGAGCAACCCUUGUGGUCAUGUAAUGCAGAGUGGGACACCAACAUGCAGGGGCUCCUGAUGGCCCAAAGAGUGAGCCAAGUGCUGGGAGCAGGACAGAGCAAAGAGCCCACAGGGCCGUGUUCAGGC